UGGCCUUUUCCGGGCGAGACUACCGGCGUGAGAACACGUUGUUGAACACAAGUAGAAAACUUAUAGAAAAUGGGUUUUGGAGAUCUUAAAAAGAAGGAUGGCUUAACAGCACUCAAUGCAUAUCUUGUGGACAAAAGCUACAUCGAGGGAUACCAACCCUCUCAGGCAGAUGCUGUUGUGUUUGACGCCCUCUCAGGUCCGCCGCCGGCUGAUCUAGAAAACGCCCUCCGCUGGUACAACCACAUUAAAUCUUAUGGUGCUGGAAGAUCUUCGUUCCCCGGACAGAAGAAAGACGUCUCAGCAUAUGGAGCAGCAGGAAAAGGUGCCCCGGCUGCAGGCGGUGACGAUGAGGAUGACGACGACAUCGAUCUCUUUGGCUCCGAUGACGAAGACGCCAAGGCCGAGAGAGAAAAACGCCUCGCCGACUAUGCCGCCAAAAAAGCCAAAAAACCCGCUGUAAUCGCAAAAAGUAGCUUGUUAAUAGACGUCAAACCCUGGGAUGACGAAACAGACAUGAAAGCCUUAGAAAAUUCAGUACGCAGCAUUACAGCCGAUGGGCUACUGUGGGGAGCAUCAAAACUUGUACCUGUUGGUUAUGGAAUCAAAAAACUUCAGAUCAACGCCGUUAUCGAGGAUGAUAAGAUCAGCACAGAUUUUCUAGAGGAGGAAAUCACAGGUUUUGAAGAUUAUGUACAGUCAAUGGACAUUGCUGCUUUUAACAAAAUUUAGCAUCUGUGAAAAUAAAAACAAUAUUUAUACAA